AUGCUCGCCUAUUUCCAUCUGCGCAAGCGUCAGAGAGAGUCGGAGUCCAGCUGCUCCGCUGUGCGUGGCGGGUUUGAGCGAGCGAAAAAGCGGCGCCAUCGCAGGUCUGCGGGUCUAUCUAGGUCGGUCAUGGCGUCCCCGUCGCGGAGGCUGCAGACCAAGCCGGUCAUCACUUGCCUCAAGAGCAUCUUGCUCAUCUACAGCUUCGUGUUCUGGGUGAGCCCCUCUCGGGAGGAAAACCCCACCCCGAAGCCCACCCCGCUACUGGCCGCCCCACUGAACAAUGGGUCCCUGCAGCUCACCCUUCUCUAACCCCAUAGACAGCAAUGGGGCACGCUGCUCGUCCUGUCUUGGGGGGCAGCACUGCAUCUUACACGCCCCCCUUCCUAUUCCCAUAGGUAACAGGUGGGUAAAUGCUCUCCCUUCUGAGACACCCCCACGCUACAACCUCAAACGCACCCGCCCACCCCCUCGCUGCUGACCCCACAGAUGUCGCGCUUGCUGUUCCUGUGUAUAGCAUGAUGUAUCGUCUCCUGCUGGCCCUACAGAGAACAAUGACCCCCCCCCCGGCACUCCAAUCUCUCCCGUCCCAUUCAAUGUUAUAGAACAGAUGGCAGCCCCCCCCCCCGUCUCUCCCCCUUCUGGCAACCUUAUAGACAACCACAGGGCAGGCUGGUUCCAUAUGCAUUUGUGUAAGGGCGGAAUGGGCCGGGGGGGGGGCGGCGGCGGCGUAAUUGCAAGUUUUGAAAACUUUGUAACGUUGUGUUUAAAGUUGUUCUAACCUGCUCUGGGAUCUUAGGGUGAAGGGAGGGCAAAAAAUUAAAAGAAUAGCGAUACUAAUAAGGAUGAUGUAAUCCUGUCCUAUGCAUUGAGUAUAAUGGGAGCAUAGAGUUUUCUCUUCCGCUCUGCAAAGUCCAUAGAUAGCAGUCUAUCCAUACAUAGCUGCCUCCAGCCACAUUUUCCCCACAUUUUUCUCUUCCUAGAACACUGUAGGACAGAAAAUGCUUGCCUUGCACCUCUUUAUCCCAAAGAGGACAGAGCCCUUAUAGACGUAUAAAGCAUUUUUCUAUAAUUCUUUUUUAAUAUAUCACCUCACUCUCUCUUACACCUCCCCCAGUUUCUCUUUGGAAAUAACUACUGCUCUCUCCUCCUUCCCCUAUGGUUCCCCUAACCUUAUAUGAGCAGCAACGUACAACACUCCUUGAUUUCUCCUAGAGCCCCCCAAAUGAAGGGUGGUUCUCCAGAUAUUGCUGUUCUCCAACUUCCACCUUCUCUGACCAUUGGCUUUGCUGGCUGGUGCUGAUGGGAUUUGGAGUCCAAGCACCACCUGGAGGACCACUGGUUAGUCACCUCUGUUGUAGAGAAGAAUGGGGCACAGUUCCAGCCCUAUAAAGGUUUUAAGGUAUAUUUGUGUAAUUUUAUCCUCCCCUCUGAACAAUGACCUUCCCUAUAGUUGAUAACUGUACACCUGGCCCCUCCCUUUCCUUUACAGUGCCUCUGAAUCUGUAGGAAGAGAAGUGAGACACCCCCCCCCCAACUCUGCAUCUCAUAACUCCAUAGAGAAUAAUGGGGCAGGGCCACUGUCCCCUAUAGCUCCAAUCUCAGCUCAUCCCACAGACUCUUUUCACCUGUAGGAAGAGACAUACUCUUCGCAGCCUUCACUCUUGUUUCUAGUGAUCCAAUAAAGAACAAUAUGGAAAACCCAUCUUAGAAAGGUUUGUCGCCCCAGGAAUGUUCUCUCCCUCCGGGCCCACCGAGAAGAACUAUGCAGAAGUCAACUCUGCAUGGACUUAGUUGGGGUGGGGGUGGGUGGGGAAAAUGGCACCCCCCAGCUUCUUUCAGGAGUCUGACCAUCACGUUGUAGGAAAGAGCCUCUAUCUCUCAUAAUCCUUCAGUGAUAUAAUAAUAAAUCCCAAUUUUCCAGCUCUGCUCCUGGCGGCGGUGGCAGCUUAGCAGUGUGAGCAUUGCACCCGUGUCUGUGGCACAGAUGGCAUAAUGUGUGCUGGUGUGCUGAUGUGCCUUUCUGUGCCAGAAAACCCUGUGGCAAUUGGUUCUCUUUCCCUUUGCUCAUUUUUUUUUUAAUUUGCCCUUUUUGCUUUGUUGGCCUUUUUUGGUUAGUAGCAAAUAACAUGUGGAAUGCACUCUGUAAUCCUGUCCUUUCCUUUCAUCACUGCUGCUUCAGGCUUCUGAAUCAGGUGAGUGUGGUUUUCUCAAGGAGCAGAGCCACUUUUCUCCUUGAGGCAUGCAGGUUCUGUACCCUCUCUCUCUCCUCUCUCAAAAAUAAUUACAGGUUUUUAUUUUUGUGCAAAGGAAUAAAAAGACACUUUUAAGUAAAUAAUGCAGAAAAGAUAAAACAAGACCAAUUCUCUAUGGUUCUGAUACAAUACUAGAUAAGCUUCUGUUUUAACGAAAGUGACUUUUGCAAGCUCACAUAGUCAUAGAAUUGUAGAGUUGGAAAGGGACCCCAAGGGUCAUCUAGUCCAACCCCCUGCAAUGCAGGAAUUGCAUGGAAGGGGGAAAAAACACCCACCCACUGUCUAUAAUGCAGUGGUCUGAGGACUCAUAGCCCAGGCUAUAUUUGAACAUCCUGCUUAUAAAAGUCCAUUUUGUGUAUCUGGACAUUUGGAUAUCUUACAUCAAUUUAUAUGCUUGAAUUAAGAUGUAUUCUGAAUGUGAUCUGAUGAGGGUUUUGGCUUUCACUUUCCCCCUCUAUGUUUCUUUUUUUCCUUUGUAAAACUUCAUAUAAAAAUAAGUUUCUAAUUUUAACAGUUUGGGCUGCAAAGUUAAUUACUAUUUUCCUUUUACUCCCGCACAUCCUGUGGAGAAAACGAUAUAGAGGACAAGGUUCAUGUUGACGUAACAGGGAUGGAUCAAAAUAAAAACCAUGUUCAAACAUCAUUUCUGAGUGCAAAUGAAAUGGUCUUGCUGCGGUGCCCUGAGAAACAGUCCUCGGUUUGCCUCGCUGCUUCAAAAAACUGCUUCAAAUGGCAGGGAAAACAAAUUCCCUCAGGUUACAUACCUUUGGAAUCCAGUCUGUGUUUAUACAUUGCUAUGGGAGCUUGAAAGACUUGAGAGGAACCAGCUUACACAGGUGUUUCUAGACUUGUAGCUUUGUUUUCUUCUGAGACCACAGAGAACUCAGUGGUAACUCACCAUAUCCUUUUCACACAGAAAGUCUCAGGUUCAGUUGCCACCAUCUCCAGUUUAUUCAAAUUAUGUUUAAAAUGUUUAUUAGCUGCUCUUUAUCUAAAGAUUCCAAGGCUACGUACAAAGAUGUGAAUAAAACUAUCUGUAACAGCAUAUAAAUAAUACUAUAUAAGAGCCAGCAAAUAGACUUACAAAAUAAAGAGAAGGCAAAAUCCCAACUAAAACAUCACCUCAAAUAAAGCGACAAUCAAUAAGCUCUUAAAACUGGUGCUAGGACAAAGGAUUUGGUUCCAGAUGACUUGAAAGGAAAACCUAUGCCAGUCAUAGUAUAGUUUUCCAAAUAGGUGAAAAAACGCCGGCUCCCUUUGCCUGAAAGCGAGAUGAGCGCUGCAACCCCAUAGUCACCUUUGACGGGACUUAACCGUCCAGGGAUCCUUUACACUUUUUUACCUAGUUGAGGGACGCAGGUGGCGCUGUGGUCUAAACCACUGAGCCUCUUGGGCUUGCCAAUCAGAAGGUCGGCAGUUCGAAUCCCUGCGAUGGAGUGAGCUCCCGUUACUCUUUCCCAGCUUCUGCCAGCCUAGCAGUUCGAAAGCACACAGGUGCAAGUAGAUAAAAAGGUACUGCUGCAAUGGGAAGGUAAAUGGUGUUUCCAUGUGCUCUGGCACAUCACGGUGUUUCCAUUGCGCCAGAAGCAGUUUAGUCCUGCUGGUCACAUGACCCAGAAAGCUGUGUGUGGACAAACGCCGGCUCCCUUGGCCUGAAAGCGAGAUGAGCACCACAUCCCAUAGUUGCCUUUGACUGGACUUAACCGUCCAGGGGUCCUUUACCUUUUUUUUGACCUAGUUUUCCAGAUAGUCUGGCUUGGUAAAAGGUAAGAAUGAGAAACCUGUGACCCUUCAGAUGAUGUUGGACUCAGCCAUCUGCCCAAGCCAACAUAACCAAUGGUCAGGGGUUAUGGGAGUUGUAGUCGAGAACAUUCUGGACACAUAAGGUUUUCUUUCUGGGUCUCUUCCUAGUGAUGUUGCUUAUUGCAUGCCAUCAUCAUCAAGUGUGUGUGUCGGGGGGGGGUCACACACCUGCCAGUCUUGUUCUGUGGAAAAUGGGAUGGACGUGGACAUGGACAUUGACAAGGGCUGGGACUUGCCUAGUUAAGCUAAUGUGAAUUUAGUUGCUCAUUUUCAUGCUUAGAUCACAGGAAGGGGCUGAGGGUGGGGAAAAGGUAGAUUUCUUCCUAGCUCUUCUGUGUCUGCUUAUAGGGCAGAAUGGGGGUUUAUUGAGGCCCCACCUGCACUCUGCAUUUAAAGCGGUUUCAUACCGCCGUAAACAAGUCAUGGCUUCCCCCAAAGAAUUCUUGGAAGUGUCAUUCGUUAAGGAUACAGAGGGAAGACCCUUAUUCCCCUCAAAGAGCUACAGUUCCCAAAGUUUGCUGGGAACUGCUCAACCACUCUGGAAAUUGUAGUUCUUUGAGGGGAGAUGCCCUAAAUCUCAACACCCUUAACAAACAACAAUUUGGGACGAAGCCAGACCGUUUAAAGUGGUACAGUACUGCUUUAAAUGGAUAGCGCAGAUGGGAUCUUAGCAUGAAUCCUGGUAUCGCUGAGGAUCGUUAGGAUGAAUUAGCACAUUGCAAAGGUGUGGACCUUUGUUUCAUGCAGUGCCAGUUCUUUGUUAACUGGCUGUUAAAAAGUAAAAUGCUUCUACAGAAACUUUUAACAAGUGGCUCAUUGUGGCUAAUGGAGUUGUCCUUCCCUCCCCCCACCCUCUCCUCCUAGUUCUCUGGCAUCGUCCUUCUGGCAGUCGGCAUCUGGGGGAAGGUAGGCCUGGAGGUGUAUUUCUCCCUGUUAAAUGAGAAGGCUACGAACGUCCCCUAUGUCCUCAUUGGCACCGGCACAGUUGUCGUCCUCCUAGGCACCUUUGGUUGUUUCGCAACAUGUCGGGGAAGCACAUGGAUGCUGAAAUUGGUAAGUAUUAGGGGGCACAAGGUUGCAGCACCUGCCUUGAAACUCACAGGAUUCCUCCAACUGUGGCAUGUGGUGAUAACUGCUAUAUCUCCCCAUUCACCCAUUUGAAUAUAUAUUUUUAAUGGUGUUUGCAUGCUACCCACUGUGGCUGUUUUCUGUUUCCACUAUUGGAGGCCCUAUGCCUCUGAAUACCAGUUGCUGGUAGGGAAGAGCGCUGUUAUGCUCAGGUCCCAGCAGAUAUAUCUGUUGACAUUCUACUUAUAGUAGUCAGCAGAAUGAAAACAAUCCUCUUAUUUUAUUUUGGUCACAUAUACAAACGUAGAUUUCUCAGUCCUCCAGUGCGGAUGCUAUUUGAAAACUUAAUAUGCAAUUACAUUGCUUUCAGAAGGGCAUGUGAAAUCUUGGCUGGGAAUGGUCCCUCUUAUUGAGAUGCUGUUGCUGUCAAGAACAGGUGUUCCAAAAGAUUUCCAUGUCUUACUGGGAAUUUUUGUCCAAACGCCUUUCUGUAUUCUACCCAAGUCACCAUCUCUGGACCUGAAUGGGCCUUUCCUAGUGGUAGUUCCCCAUUUGUGAAAUGCUCUCUUCAGGGAAGCAUGCCUGGUAUCAUCACUGUCUGUUUUUAACAUUCCUAUUUACCAGGGCAUAUUUUUUAAACUGGGAAGGUAUUUAUGUUAACAGCCUCAUUGUGCUGAUCCUUUAAGUGGGGUGGGUAGGACUUGUUCUUUUAAAACAUACUCUCCGAUGAGUGUUUUCAUUGACUGCUGUUUUUAAUCUGAUUUUAAUGUCUUUGCCAUUUUAUUUUUUACUGAGUAAGUCGCUCUGAGGCACUUGAGUGCAGAAAUGCAAUGAAUAAAUUAAAUAAAUCUCAAUGGCAGAGCACAUUUUGCAAACAUCAUCUAGUGUUGCUUUGCCCAGCCACUAGAGACUGGCUGUUCCAAAUGGCCUUUCUUGGGUUUAUCAGUAUUCCAGUAGCUUCAGCUACCAUAACGUAUACCACCUCAUGCAAUUUUUGUUUUUACUCAGGAUAAUCCAGUUGCUGUCUUUAUCUAGAUAACUAAACAGAGGAGAAGUUUAAUACAAACUCUUGACUUCUGCUGCAGCCUUCCACCCAAAUAUGGAGUUACGGAACACUCCUCGCACAAUUUUGCCAUGUGCCAGUGGUGCAUUCGGUGUAGAUUCUCUGUGUAAAUCAUAUGGCAGUAGCAGGGUUGUAACUUUGCUGGUCUUGAUCCUUCCUUUCUGUCCACAGUAUGCCAUGUUCUUAACUCUCAUCUUCCUUGUUGUGCUUGUGGCUGCCAUUGUGGGCUUCGUCUUCCGACAUGAGGUGAGUUGGUGUUGCUUUGUUUUGUUUUUUUCCUUAUCAGUGGGAUUGGUCAAUACAGAAUUACUUUUUCCCCCUUCUUGCUUCAUGCCGGUGACCAUAACUUGCUUUAACUGAAAACAGGGGCUGUGCCAUUGAGGUGAGUGUAACCCCCUAGACCAGCCUUCCUCAGCCUUGUUCCCUCUAGACAGUGGAGGCUGGUUCAUUGGGUUAACCGGGGCACUGCCCUACUGAUGCUCAGUCUGGCCUCAGCUUCCCCCACCUUCCUGCCUUCUUACUUACCGCCAGUCCAGGGGAUGGGGGAUGACACAGCCUGGGGCAGCUUCCUUGUCUUUAGUCUUAGUGUGGUCCUUGUAGAACUCGGGAGAGGAAUGGGGUCAAGAAUAGAAUUGGUUGACUCUGCUGUCGUAGGCUCUGGCUCCAUCUCCUGUUGGGCUUCCUGCCUUCUGCCCAAGAGAAGAAGGCUCAGGGCCUGGGAAUGAGUGGUCAGAGGUGUGAAGAGGGCAGAGAAAAUACAGGCAAGAUGAAGGAGCCUCAGAUUGCCUGGGAAGGAACCUGGGGAAGAGGAGACUUAGGGAGCUGUGGGAAGGCAGGGACCUUCAGUCCUUUCAGCUGUGUCCUUGGGGCAAGAUGUACUAGGAAGAGUUGCUGCGCUCACUAGGCCUGGCCUCUUGAGGUGUUCUGUUUCUUUGAAUAAAGAUAGUUAACUUUCUGACACCGUGUGAGUUAUUGCUGGCUUGCUCCUGCAAAAUGCCUUUCAUCCCUAUCCACUGGCCAUAUUGGCUGGAGCCAGUGAGAAUUGCCAUCCAAAACACCUGGAGGGCACUAGGUUGGGGAAAGAUGCUCUGCGUACCUAAGGAAUGAUAUUUGUAGAAAUGCUCCGAGUACGAACCACAUUCAGCCAUGGAGCAAGGAGUCUAUUUUAACUGAAUUACAUAGCAGAAGGUGCUUUUUUAAAAAAACAAAAACAAAACCUGACUAACAAGGACCACUUUGGAGUUCCUUGAAUAAGGCUUUUCGUUUGUCCCCGAAAUGCCAUAACACAGGUGAACCUCUGGCCCUUCAGCAAGAGGUUGCUGAACCAUUGGCCAUGGCUGUUGGGGCUGAGGGGUGUUGUAGCUCAGCAACAUCUGGAGGGUCAAAGAUUUGCCACAUAGUGCAAGUAUUGGAGGAGUGCCAUCUCGGAACAGGCACCUCUCCUCUCUAGUGCAGUGUGGAAUGGUGGGUAGAGUGUUGGACUGCAACCUGGGAGAGACCAGGGUUAAAAUUGCCACUCAGCCAGGGUUGUCAUGAGGGGAAAAUGGGGAAAGGGUGAAACUAUACGUGCCGCCUUGAGCUCCUUGGAGGAAAAGUGGGAUAUAGAUAUAUAAGUGUAAGAGGAGCUGCCUCUUCUUCGGGGUCUCCAACCACUGCACAUGAAUGGAUGUCUAAAGACAAGUGUGCUUUUCCACUUAAAACUUGAUUGAUUUAGUCCUGUGCAAAAUGAACACCAGAUUGACUAAUAUUUCCUUAGUUAGGUAAUGACCUCUCUCUCUGCAAGCAAUGAUCAUUUAUCAUUUUCUCCUCAGAUUAAAGACAGCUUUAAGAAUAACUUUGAAGCUGCCAUGAAGUCCUACGAUGGGACCAAAGAUGAACGCAGCAAAGCGGUUGAUACCAUUCAGAGCACAGUGAGCAUUCACCUCUCUUUUUUCAACUGGCCUAAAUCUGGCAUAUUCGGUAUACUGGCCUAAACUUGGUAUAUUACGCAUGCUCCUCUCUUUGUGGAGGUGCUAGCAGUUAAAAAGGAGCCUGUACUACAAAGUGGGGUGCAGAGGAAGAAAGAGAACAAAAAUGCCUGUCGCAGAGACCCCCUGUGGUAUCUUCCUUUGCCUGAUGUCCCCCCUCAUGCUUGCAAGAGGUAUCCCAUGUGCUAAACACAGUUGGAGGUGGAGCUGUUGCUGUUUCUGCCUCAGCAGGUGUUCUGUGCGAAAGGCAAAUCUUCAGCUUACAAAGCCCAAACCCUAGGCAGCAGUAGUGACAUCAUGGCUCGGGUAGAGUCCGCCCCCCCCCCAACGUGCCCAAUGAGGGUUUGGUUCUCCUCUUUGCUGCCCUGCUUGAAGAAGUCAUCCCUACUCUACGCCAGGGCUGAGGAACCUUUUUUUUUUUUUACAUUGAGGACCACACUCCCUAGGACAAAGAAUGGGAACUUGCAUCCCUCCAGAUGUUGUAGGGCUCUUGAUUCCCAUCAACCCCAGGGCUAGCAGCAUGGCUAGGAGUCAGGGAUGAUGGGAGCUGGAGUCCAGCGACAUCUGGAAGGGUCACAGUUUCUGCUUCCCUGCCCUGGCAGGUACAAUUUCUUGAGGGAUGGAGUCAGAAGUGAACGGGACCAGAGCCAAAGAGAAUGGAGCUACAUUUUCUUUCUUUCUUGGCUUCCAUGCUGCAUAGGAAGGGAAAUAUAUCUUCCUCCCUUUCAUGCACAGGAUUGCAGUAGGCUGUGGGUUUGGAGCUGCACAGUGGGAUCAGGACCAAAGACAGAUAGUUUAUCCAUUUAUACCAGGGAUGGAAACCUCCAGAUAUUGCUUGUUUCCAGCUCUCAUCAUCCCUGAUGGUUGGUUGUGGUGGCAGGGGCUGAUGGGAGAUGGAGUCCACAACAUCUGGAGAGUUACAGGUCCCUCUGUCCUGAAGCUAUACAUUUUAUUUCUUCCCGCGAAGAAAUUCAUGUCAGCAUGGGGUGUUAGUGAAAGACAGCAGAGCAGAAAAGAGUUAGACUGCUGAAAGAUGCAGAAUUCCAACCAGACUGGAUUUUUGUAAAAAAUGGUUAUUAUUUUAUUUGUAGAAGUUCAAUACAGUUUAGCAUAAUGCAAAUCUAAGCCAUUUAUGCUAAAACAAUAAAAAUGCAACUAUAUUCAGUAAUCUUUUCUAAAAACAAGGUUUAAAAAAGCCCACAAUUGUCAGACUAUAUAAAAAUGAAUAAAUUGAAGAGUCCAAAAGGGCUCAAGGACAAAACAAAUUUUUAAGAGGCGUUAAAGGACUUAUUUGAGGGAAUGCAUUCCAAAGUGGAACAACCAGCUGGGAAGGUCUCCUGGGAAGAUUUUAAAGAUCAGCUUGGCCUGUCUAGGGGAGGUGGUCUGCUAAAGUUGCCCCCGGGCAAAUCAUUUGUUUGGUGGGUGAACAUGUGGAGAUCAUCAGAAGCAGUCACGUGUGUGUGUAGCUGUGCAGAUUGGGGUGAAAGGGUAUUUUGGUUUUAUUUCAGAGGAAUGCGGGACUGGAGUAUGCUAGCCGAAUGGUGUCAUUCAUUAUAUGUGGCCUCCUGUGGGUGGGAUGUCUUGGACAUGCCUUUUUAAAAAAUAAUAAAUAUGGGUGUUUUUUAGCUUUUAAAUUUAUGUUGGCUUUAAUGUAUGCUUGUAAUAGGCUUUGAGUUACUUUUUGUUAUAACCCCCCCCCCCAAUAAAUAAUAAUAAUUCUCUGCCAUCCCUCUUGUCCUAUACAGUUGCACUGCUGCGGUGUCUCGGACUACACCGACUGGAAUCGAACUGCCUAUUAUAAACAGAAAGGGAUUCCUAUGAGCUGCUGCAAGUCUCUGGGGAAUUGCACGAUAGACGAUUUGAAGAAUCCAGCAAUAGCAAAGGGGAAGGUGUAUGAGCAUGUAAGCCAACACAAAGCUGUCCCCUUCCGUGUGGCUUGGAAGAAGGGGCUUACAUGGAGGCGCAGGUUACAGCAACAGCCAAAGCGACAUUUUUCCACCUUCGCAGUUGGUCCCUUACCUUUCCCGCCCCGACCUGGCCACAGUGAUCCAUGCGACGGUCACGUCCAGGCUUGACUACUGUAAUUCGCUCUACGCAGGGCUGCCCUUGAAGCUGUCCCAGAAACUCCAGCGGGUGCAGAAUGCUGCAGCGAGGCUCCUCACGGGGUCUCUGCCAUGGGAGCAUAUUCACCCAGUGCUUUUCCAGCUGCACUGGCUCCCGAUGGAGUACAGGGUCAGAUUUAAGGUGCUGGUUUUGACCUUUAAAGCCCUUCACGGCCUAGGACCCUCAUACCUACGGGACCGCCUCUCCUGGUAUGCCCCGUGGAGAGCCUCAAGGUCCAUAAAUAGCAACACCCUAGAGGUCCCGGGCCCUAAGGAAGUUAGAUUAGCCUCAACCAGAGCCAGGGCCUUCUCAACACCGGCUCUGGCUUGGUGGAACGCUCUGUCUCAUGAGACCAGGGCCCUGCGGGAUCUGAUUUCUUUCUGCAGGGCCUGUAAGACAGAGUUGUUCCACCUGGCCUUUGGCUUAGAAUCAGUUUGAUUCACUCCGCCCCUUUCUUUUUCCUUUCUCCUCCUGUGAAGAGGCUGCAUCCUAAUGUUUUAAUGUAGUAUUUUAAUUUUUUUUAAAUUGUAUUUUAAUCAACUUGUUUUUAUUAUUGGUUGUUAGCCGCCCUGAGCCCGGUCUUGGCUGUGGAGGGCGGGGUAUAAAUAAAUUAUCAUUAUCAUUAUUAUUAUUAUUAUUAUUAUUAAACAGGCCAGGAGGAGCUGCUGUAAUAACGAAGCUUUAGCCUCUGGCAAGAAAGAAGAACCCAGACUUCUCUAGAGAUAGUGUAGGACUGCAGAGGAGAAAUAGGGAAAUAAUUGCCUGCGGACACGCAUUUCUCUUUGUGGAGAAGAAAUGAAACACACAUGCUAAUUAUUGUGUUUAAUUCCACAUCCCUUAAGUAGAAACUGCGGACUUAACGUCUGUGACCUAUGGGAUGUGACAGCGAGAAGCAGGCCAGUGUGGUGCAGCAGCUGAGGUUAUUUCAAGGCCAUCAGAGCUGUUUUGAAUCCCUUCCCCUACGAAGUUCCACUGUUUGGUAUGGCUGAUAAGGGGAUAUAGUCUUCCUGCCGUAAACAGGGAGCAAUAGUUUGUUUUAAAUUACACCGCAAUAAAGGACCUGUAUUGAGGUCAAAAACAUUAAUAUUGACACAGCCUCUGUCAGUUCAGUGGACAUCCUGCUGUGAAGUCCUUUGCUAACUUAAGAUGCCUGGGUCCUUUGAGGGCUGUAAGUGCUUCCUGUUUUUCAUGAGUAGGAGUUGCCUGGUAGCUUGGAUAACCAUGUUACCCCCCCUCUCUCCCCCCCCUUCCCGUUUGUAGGGUUGCUUCAGGCUGGUGAUACAGACAAUGGACUCCAAAAUGGGCAUUGUAGCAGGGAUCUCCUUUGGCGUUGCUUGCUUCCAGGUAAAGUUUUUGAUAGUGGUUCAGCUGACCCUCUUCUGCCCUAAUAGACUUGAAUUCGUUCUCGCCCCACCCUGCUGGGCCUUUUGAUCCUUCUUAUCAUUAUAUAAAGCACACAUACAGCACCCUUCAGAAGUGUGGAGUCAGAUGGCAAAUCUGGAGGCAGCCAGCUGAUAAUACCUUCCAUCCCCCCCCCCCCUUCACAUAAUUCAGACUGUUCGCUCCAUGCCAGGAAACAUACUGCAUGUGGCCAGGUUGCCACUCACAGCAUGGACAUGUGGGUGGCAUGCCCCAGCCUGAUCUUCCCAGCGUGCUGGCAACAUGAAAAUAGCAGUGUUAAGUGGUGCUGUUUGCUGCCAAAUCCUGCUGGGAGCCUGAAUACUUAGGACUCAAAAACACCUGUCUAGAGCAGCUAUGAGCAAGAGCUUAAGCAACCCAGGCAUAGCAUAGUCCAGCUUAAAACACUUUGCAUGGCAGGAAAUGAGCCACAGCUCUUCACUUAUGUGAAGCAGUGGAUCACAGAGAUAAAAGGCCUCUCGGAAUUGUAGCCCAGUGAGGGGAAUGGGCAUCUCCUAACAAGUCUCAGCACCCUUAACAAACUACAGUCCCCAAUAAGCCUCUGAGCAGCUGAUGUCAAACUCUGAGUGGUCUGCCAUUUGUGUAGUGAUGUGGUCCAGCCCUGCUUAGCAUCAGUGGAGCUGGAUACUCUUCCUGUCUUCCUUUGCUAGGUAUUAAGCUGGCACUUCAGCAAAGAGUAUUAGAAGACAAGAGCCCACGAAAAACUAUGGGCACCAUCUCUUACUGUGCUAUCAUGUUAGCCCAGCUACGUGACUCAUUGCAACUUUUGUUUUCUCUGCUUUAGAUGGGCUGAAAGUAAUUUAUGGGGAGCUUUUGCUCUUUGGGUGCAAAAUGACUGCAAAAUUAUAUCUGCAGGGCUGCCAGUCAUGCCUACCCAGAUGUCCACAUGUUUUAGUGGAUUUGGGUUUUGCCCAUCAGGUUUCUUCUGCUGAAAGAUUAAACUUCAGCAAACCUUGGUUUGAUGCAUCUCUUCUGCAUAGCCAGAAUGGCUCUGCUCCACUUCCCCUGUCAGAGGCAUUAUGUCCCUGAAUAUCAGUUGCUUGGAAUCCCAGGUGGGCAGAGUGUUGUGCUCAGGUCCUGGUUGAAGGCUUUCCACACCCAUCUGGUCAGCCUUUGUGAGAACAGGAAGCUGGACUAGAUGAUGCAGCAGGUCCUUUGUGCCUACAUUCUUCUCUGUCAGUGGUUCCAUGUUGGCUACAACAUUGUUAGCAUCCACUUAGCAGUGUUUGCUCUUAGUCAGUGGUGUCCAAACUUUUUUCAAAGAGGGCCAGAUUUGAUGAAGUGAAGGGCCAUGAGGGCCGACCAAAGAUGUUAACCUUUUUUAAAAAGGUUAAACCAACCAGCGGGCCAGAUUAGGCCCCCAAAAUGGACUUUGGACAUGCCUGCUCUUAGUGUUCAAAUACUAUAGUUUUUCCAAGGAUCUUUCUCAAUCCAAGACUCAAUUGGACACUUCCUGUUUCCUGUUCCUUUUCCAUUGCCUUUGGCAACAUUGCUAACAAGCCACAAUACCAUAAAUGUGUGGCUUUUCCCCCUCUAUAAUGUUUCAGAAAAGGUUCUGCCUCGGGCACAGAUAUAGAAAAUACAGUGUCUGUCUCUUCUGGUCUGACCGCUUUUGCACUGUCGGGAAAUGAAGUGGUCACCUUGAGAGAAAGCUUCUCUGGUGCUCUGUUUCCAUGCAAGUGGGUAUACUUGGAUCAUCAGCGAAAUACAAUUUUAAGGUUUUUUUUUAAAUAUUUGAGGAACUCUCCAAUGAAAUUAGCUCUUGUGCAUCCUGCAGUGUUAAGGGUAUUUCGAUUCAGAUUGCAGCAGGCAGAGCCAGUCUGUAUGAGGCGGUAGAAUUUUCUACUUCAGCUGGGAUGUUAUUUUUCAAAAUGCUCCCCUAAGUUAAAAAAAAAAGUAUUUGUCCCCAAUGUGACAGAGUACAACCUUCAUCAGAGACACUUCUCCAUGUGCCUCACCCAAGGGAGAUAUGGAGGAGGCCUGCGUGAGAAGUGUUUUUUUCAGUGGUAGCUCCUGUCUGUUGAUGAUGAUGCCAGGCAUGUUUUCCUGGGGCAGCAUUCAUCAGUUUUUACAUGCUAGGCUAAGACAUCUUUAUUUAUCUAGCGUUUUGGUGCUUGUUUAGCCUCAAGUGCCUUUAAUAGUUUGGGUGAAGUGGAGGUAGGACUUGCUUUUCUUAGUGCAUCAUUGGACAAGCAUUUUAGGAAUUUUGUAUUGUUCAUUUUUAAUUUAUUUUAUCUGCCUGUACUUUCUGUUAUUGUUAAGCCACUUCAGGCUGGAGUCAUCUAAAUGGUUGCACUAGUGGGAGCCAGCACAGGUCCUGCUAGCAUGCUGGGGCUUUCCCCCUUCUCCUCUCCCUUCAACCUCCCAAAACCAGCUCUGGGAGGUCGGGAGAACCCCAGAACAUAUGCGGGGUGGGGGUGGAGAGGGGAGACCAUUCCACCAAGCAAGCAGACAGGCUUGUCCUGAUGGAGCAAUCUCCUUAGCUUUGAAUCCAACCUUUGGUAUAAAGCAACUAACAGAUGCAAUAAAUAAUAGCAGUAAUAACGAUUGUGUGCUGGCUUUUUAGAGCUAGGCGAUAUUUUUUUACACGGGAGAGUUUUCAAGAACAUGACAUGGCCCCUCUCAAUCUUUUUUAUGUGCUACUGUCAUCAACUUCCAGGGGACUGGCUGAUAGAUGAAAAUGGCAUUUUUAUCAUUGGUAAACAUCGCCUGUUCCCUCUUGUUUCAUUUAAUACCUUGUACUGUAUCACUAUGCUGUACACUAGUAGUUUUAAACUGCUUAAGGUUAGCAGUGUUGGCUGAAAAGCUGGAUGUGAAUCGGGGUGCAGGAAACUGCAGCCCUCUAGGUGUUGCAGGACUUCAGCUUUCAUCGUCCCUGACAUGCUGUCUGGUGCUGAUAAGAGAUGCAGUCCAAUAAAAUAGACAGACUGCAGGUUCCCCACCUCCUAUAAAGGAAUAAAUACCAGGAUUUUGCCCCCUUACCAUGGCGCCAGGUGCAGAAGGGCUCUUAGCAUCUGGCUUCCACGCUCCUUGCAGCCAUGAAAGUUCAAUUACAUAAACAGGCAAAGAUAACCAUAUAAUCUCCAUGAAAUGCAUGAAAUGGUAGAUUAUGCAUGGUGUGUAGGCUGACAAGUGAGGACACCAAGAAUUCCUAUUCAUAUUAAGAUAUUUCCCCUUAUCUACACCAAAGGUUGAACGAAAUAGGUUGUUGGGGACUUCUUUCAUUUUUGAAACCUCACCCCACUUUUAGCUUAUAUAAGCAACUGCUGGUUCCAUUCGAUUUUGGUCUUUCACCACAGCAGCUGGCAGAGGGCUGGAGCUCUCGGCUGUGGAAUGUCAAGCAUUUAACUUGUCACUGUCCGGCUAACUCUGCCUCUUCCUUCUCUUUUCAGCUGGGGGGGAUUGUCCUUGCCUGUUGCCUGUCCCGGUCCAUCACAAAUAAUCAGUACGAGAUGGUUUAACCAGCAAGCCUGCAGGCUUGCAACUCACUACAAGGUAUGAGCCUCUUUGCUGUGAUGCUGUCCUCGCUACAUCUUGCCUUAUUUGCUGCCCGGCACUUUACUUGCAGUGCUGUGUGCAUCUUGCGAGUUCAUGCAGCUGUAGAUUUUGACACAGUAUUGCGUGCUCCCAAAAACCUUAGCUUCCAUUUAAUUUUUUUAAAGCAAGUUUCUAGUCCUUAUGGGGGUGAAGCUAGGCUAGAAACUGCUUUUGUGAUGCUUGGUGAAAACUAGGACCAAGAGCUGGGAAGGUUUCAAAAGGUUUAAGGGCUCCAGGUUUCAUAGGGUCUUUAGUGCUCUCCUAAAUCAGCAGAAGAGAAUAUGUAGGUUAAGCAGUUCAGUAGGUGAAGUUCCCACUGGACAGCCUAGGUAGUCCUUCUGCAUAUGAGCAGCCUUAUACAAAGUGAAACUACUGGUCCUGUGAUCCCGGUGCAAUGGGCUUCCUGUGCCACAGAGGGCCUUCUUUAGUGAAACGCAUUUUUCAGACUCAGUACUGCGCAGCUUCACUUCGCAACAUAAAUGCAUCUUGCGCUUGUGAUUUCUGCAUUUGCCAAAGCCCCACAAAUGCAAUGCCCAUGUGUAAACCUGUGGUGCAGCAUCUCAAAAAGCAUAUUGUAGAGCUGGCAGAAGUGUUAAAAAAAGAGCAACCAAAAUAAUCAGGGGCUGGAGCAACAUUCCUAUGAGGAAAGGUUACAAAUUUUGGAACUUUUUAAACUUCAGCAAAAAGGGAGAUGAUACAGGUGCAUAGAAUUAUGCAUUGUGUAUAGAGAAAGUGUGGGACGCGGGUAGCGCUGUGGGUUAAACCACAGAGCCUAGGACUUGCCGAUCAGAAGUCGGCGGUUCAAAUCCCUGCGACAGGGUGAGCUCCCGUUGCUCGGUCCCAGCUCCUGCCAACCUAGCAGUUUGAAAGCAUGUCAAGGGCAAGUAGAUAAAUAGGUACCACUCCGGUGGGAAGGUAAAUGGCGUUUCCAUGCACUGCUCUGGUUCACCAGAAGCGGCUUAGUCAUGCUGGCCACAUGACCCGGAAGCUGUACGCCGGCUCCCUCGGCCAAUAAAGCGAGAUGAGCGCCGCAACCCCAGAGUCAUCCGCGACUGGACCUAAUGGUCAGGGGUCCCUUUACCUUUACUUUAUAGAGAAAGUGGCUAGAGGACCUUUUCUCUCUCGCUCUCUUACAAUACUAGAACUUGGAGGGUAUCCAUUGAUAUCCACUGAAUGAUUCAGUGGAAGUGCUUGUUUACACAUUGCAUGGUUAAAACUAUGGGAUUCACCCCCAUGAGAAGUGGUGCAUUUUCAGGCAAAUGCAUGGAAGAUAGGUCAGCUACUAGCCGCAGCAAGUCCCUGCGUGCCAGCCAUUAGGGAACAACAUCCAGAGAGGACCAUUACUUCCCUGCCCUGAUCCUGUGACUCUUGGAAAGCAUCUGGCUGACUCCUGUGGGAAACUGGAAGGUCUAAACAAACCUCUGGCCUGAUGGGCUCUUCCAUAUGCUCAUGACUAUGAUGGAUGCAGCUUAGAAACAUAGGGUUGUAUCCAAUGUUGUACUCUGAGUAGACCCAUUAAGAUGCAUGAACAUGGCACAUUUAGGUCCAUUAAUUUCAGUUGGCUCUACUCUGAGUAGAACGUAGCUGGAUGCAACCCAUGACAAUAUAGCAAGGUGCCUUAUCACACAGUUGGCCUAUCUAGCUCAGUAGUCUGCACUGGUUGGCAGCUGCUCUUCAGGAUUUAGGACAGGAGUCUCUCCCAGCCCUACCUAGAGAUGUUGGGGAUUUGAACCUGAGACCUUCUGCAUGAAGAUACUCUACUAAUGAGCUAUGACCCACCCCCAGUUUGAACAAGACUGUACCAUGUUGUUGUUGUUUUUACUGCAAAAGACUAACUCUGGAAUCUCAACCCUGCAAGUUCUAAUCUGUCCCCCCCCCCCCUUUUCCAUUCUUUGCUUUCAGAAUUUUGGGACACUUUAUAGUAAGUUAUACAUAGUUUUGGGAACCCACUCCUUGGCAGGCUCAAGCUACUGAAAUCCUGUUUGAUCAGACUGCUCUCGACCUGUUCACUGGAGAGGACCGGAUGUCACAAGAGGUGUUACUCUGCUUUAUGAUGAUGUUGUUUGUGCUAUUCUGAAGGAGUGCUGUAAGGGACAAUUUGUGUAGGGUAGAUGGUUAACACAGCUCCUCUAGGCAGGGGUGCUGGCUGGCUGGCAGGCUGACUGCAUGGCCCCAGCUGGGCUGUGCAUUGUGGAAUUUGUCUUCCUCUGUAGCUUGCAAAUUCUUGAGCACACUAGCUUUAAGAAAGGGUGGGUUGGGGGAGAGGGUUUCUGGUAGAGCUGUCCAUGGAGUUAAGAAAGCUUAGUUGCCUAGUCAUCCACAUUUAAAAUUCUGUUCCUUCAAAUAUGCAUUAUUUUAAAACUCCUAGUGAUGUAAGCGCGAUAACUUAGAAUUUCAGAAAGAAGCCCUUUCCUUCAGCUUGUUUCAUUUCCCUACGGCAGAAACAACCAGAACCAAAGUAGCCUGAGAAAAAGCAACACUAACUUCCAUUACUUCACAGCCCCUCCAGUUAUGUCUUCCUAAAUUUAAGGCUGGACUGCUGUCAUGUGUUUAGGUAGGCUGCUCUUGCUGACAACUUAGAGGCUUCAGCCAGUGCAAAAUGCUGAGACCCUGCUUUCUGAAGGAGGUUUUUCAUGUGGAGCACACGAUAACCAGUGCUUCAGUGCCUUUGCCAGCUCCUUGUUGGCUUCUGAGACCAGUAGAAGACGCUGGUUAAGAACACUAAUUCCCUAAUAGCCUGAGCCCCGCUUACAUCAGAGACUACCUCCCCUCCUCUCUUUAAGACCACCCCCACCUUACCUUUUAAGACCAACCAGCAAUGUUCUCUUAAGUACACUGCAUACUGUAUCAGGUUGGCCGUGCCGGGCACAGAGCUGCUCUUAGUGUUUGAAUUCUAUUCCUUUGAUAUUUGCCAAAGCCUCAGUCUGUGUGUCUUCUGGAAAGGCUGUGAAACAGUUGGUUGACCCUAAUAAAUAUUUUAUUGGAAGCGGUCUGAGUGCCCUCUCCAAGAUCCUAGCUUUUGAUGGUCAAGGUAGGGUAUAAGAAGUGCAUGGUUAGAUACUCUUAAGAUGGAAAUAGGAUGGGCUAGAAGUCCACUGGGUGCUUUGCCUCGCAGUCAGCCCAUGGCUCUGCCAUUUGGUUUUGGAUGUCGUAGUGAAGCAAAGCAGCUGAUGUAACACUAAGACCACAUUUGCACAGCUCAGAUGAAUUGACUCUUAAGGCUGCACUCCUAAACUCCUUUACCAAGGAGCAGUUCCCAGCGGGGCUAAACCUCUGAGGAGCCAUAGCAUAGGAUUGCAGUGUAAAGAUGCUUGAAGUCCUGCAUUUUUCCUGGGAAUCAAAAGUGAGGAGGUAGCCAAAGCAUCUGUUGGAAAAAGGAGCACCUGGUCUUUCUUCAGUGGUUUUUCUUGGUUGCCAGGGAAGGAGCUACUCUUCCCCUCUUCCAAGACUGCUUCUUGCCAACCAUUCCUCCCCGAAUAUCUCCAAAUGGUGUACCUCGUUUGCUCAUGUGAACACGGCCAAAAUAACUUAUUCUGCUGAGUGCUAGUUCUCAGUAGGGUUUUUCACAACUGCUUUCUUUCUUUGGAAAGCAACCUCCUAGCUUUAUAGGCACAUAAAAUGCCUUGGUGAAGGUAGCAGCCCUUGCUCGUUCACUGCAGCUUCUUCUCUGCCUCAUUCUCCCUUUCCCUGAAAUUGGAGCCAGGAGCAGCAAAAAAGGGAAUUGCGUGUGGGUGUGUGCCUGUUGAAAUAAGCACAGCCUUUUCAGCCUACCUCCUCAUCCUACCCUGAAUUAUUCUUUCCCUGACUUGAGAUUUUGAUACAGCGUUUUUUUUUUUAUGUAUUUUGUUAAAGCUUUGUAAAAUUGGGCUAGAGUGAUCUUUUUUUUGGCGUGUGUGUGCGUGGGUGGACUGCGAGGCUCUGCAGGAGGAUAUCUUUAGCCUUCGCAGUCCCUGCCCUGCUGGGUUUGGUAUGAUUUCCAUCAUCAGUAUUACACGACACUUUGGACACAUGUUGUUGUUUUUGUAUUACAUGGGAAAUCCUUCUUGUCUUGAAAACAGAAUAAACAAUUGCAUACUUCCAUUCUGGUCUUCGUA